CCGCAGCCCCCUCACAUUAAAAAGGAAGAGCAGGAGGACGAGUUUCCAUCGGCCGGAGUCGCUGAGAAGCGCCAAGACGAGGACGCAGGGCACAGUGGAGCGCCGCAAUGGGACGGCCUUUUGGCUCCACUUUCAGAUGGUGACGAUGCCACCUCGCACUCUUCCGACUAUGACGAUGAUCGCGAUAGACACUCGAACGUGAGACGCCCGACGGACAACGAGCGAGUCAAAUGUUCUCUCUGUGACAAAAGCUUUGACAGCAAGUCGGUGUUGAGAGUACAUCUCGGAACACAUAGUGGAGAAAAGCCUUUUGCCUGCUCAGUGUGCGGUCAAACGUUCCAUCAUAGUGGCACGCGGCGCACGAGAAGGCGACGUGAUGGCGAUCGGCCCUUUUCCUGCUCGGACUGCGCGAAGCGAGCCUUUCAAAAUGGAGACUCGGUCGGACGCGGAAGAACACGCGCCGGAGAGAAACCUUUCGCGUGCUCAGACUGCGGUAAAAGAUUCGCUCGGAAGGCAGCUUUAGGCAAGCACGCGUGUGCGCAGGGCGGAGGGAAACCGUUUGCUUGCUCGCUCUGCGACAAGCGCUUCAAUCGCAAGAGAGAUUUGACCAAGCACACCAGAACGCACACCGGAGAAAAACCCUUUGCCUGUUCCGCGUGUGACAAAAGAUUCAACGAGAAGGGCGAUUUGACGAGACACGCGAGAAGACACACUGGCGAAAAACCGUUCCUCUGCUCGGUGUGCGGCAAGAGAUUCUUGCUCAAAGCGCAGUUGGCGACUCACUUCCGAACGCAUAGCGGUGAAAGACCUUUUGCCUGCUCGCUCUGUGGCAAAACCUUCAUUCAGAAAGGCGCCUUGAGAGCACACGCCAGAACGCACACGGGCGAAAAACCUUUUGCGUGCUCACUAUGUGGCAAGCGAUUCUUUCGGAACGAAGAUCUAACAAUACACACUCGAAGGCACUCUGGAGAAAAACCUUGCGCGUGCUCGGUUUGCGGGAAGACCUUUGCUCGGAACUCGCAGCUAUUAGCGCACGCGAGAACGCACGCCGGAGAAAGACCUUGCGCGUGCUCGGUGUGCGGCAAACGUUUCAUUUUCCGGACAGCGCUACUUGCGCACGCGAGAACGCACACUGGAGAAAAACCAUUUGCCUGCUCGGUUUGUGGGAAGCGAUUCUCCCAGAACUCAAACUUGACGAGGCACGCCAAGACGCACACCGGAGAGAAACCAUUCGGCUGCGGCGUGUGCGAUCAAAAAUUCUUUCGGAGGUAUCUCCUGAGUCGGCACAAGUGCGCUGGCCAGAAGGGCGGCGGUCAGUGAAGCUGCGGACGAAUCCGAGGCCGUGUCGAGAAAGUCCACGUCGCUCACCUUCCCGCCAUCCCUCCUUCGCCUUUUGGCGGAAAAGGUUAAGGAGAGAUGCAAAGGGUGCUUCUUUUCCCGCAUCGGAAAAGGCCCAUGGCGGUUUCCCAUUUCCAAGCGAUUUUUUGAUUUGCCCCGGUAACGUGAGACAGUGCGAGUGCAUUUUGGAGGUUGGGGCGGGGGGGCUAAUGCUUUUUGUUGCUGUCACACUUCUCCCCCGCACUUGGGAUCCAAAGACUUUUGUCAACAGAGUGACACUGACUAGAACAAGCUGUAGCGAUGAGAUCAAAAGAAAACGUGACCCGGCGCACGCAAAAAAAAGAUCUGGACCCCCCCCCCCCCAAAAGAUAUAUAUAUUUUUUUCCUGGAACUGGAUGUGCAUAUUGUUUGGUUCAAUUGAGUAUCCACUGUGAAAACAGAGUCAGGCGAGAUAUUGGGACCAUUUGGUACGCCAUCAAUAUCAAAUGGUCUUGAAAAGAUUUCUGCCGGAUGAGAUUCUCUCUUUUUGCCAUGAAUCGCCCACUGGGCAGUGUGUUUGUUUGUUGGUUGUGUCUAUUGAUAGGAAU